AUUUUUUAUGUCAAACGGUAGCAUGACGGUUGCCGGUAUAUUUGUUUACAUCUAAACGUUUUAUCAUUGCAUUUUGUGUGAUUAUUAUUGUAAUUAUAAAGCAUUUGUAAUUUUAUGGAGUAUGGAAUCAAACGAAGUAUUGGCUACCUAUAUAAAAAAACUACGUCACCCUUUAAAAGAAAUACGUGAACGCUCACUGCAAUUACUAAUAGCUAAAUUGCAGCUUGGAUGGGAAUUAAAUGAUGAAUUGGUUUUAAACAGAGAAAUUCUUGAAGCAUUACUAGAUUGGUUUAACGUUCAUCAACCUUCAAUGCAACAAGAAUCUUUAGAAUUAUUACUGAAAAUGAUCAAGACUAGUGGAGGAAGUUAUGCUGUAAGAGAGUAUGGUGUACAAACCUUAAUUGAAAAGCUGCAUUCGAUAAAAUCAAAGUUAAAGGAUAAUGCUCUUGAAGUUUAUUGUGAUAUUAUAGAGACUGUUAAAUUUUUACAUACAGUAGAAUCUCAUGAAGAUGUUAAUGUUCCAAGACUUGAUAUUCCAUCUAGCAGAAGUUCUGAAAAUGGUGGAUACUUUCAAGACUUCUUGCAGAAUACUGAUAAGCAACUGGCGGAAGACCAUAAUGAUGCAUCCAAAAAUUCCAUGAAUGAGUAUAAGAUAAAACAAUCUAAAGGGUUCAACGUUUUUUUAUUUCCAUGGGUUGAACUCAGUCCGUCAGAUUUUAAAACAAUUGUCCUCAUUGAGGAUUCACUGAAGCUUGUGAAAUCUACAAGAAGAUGUUGCAGAUUUAUUAGGGAUGUGUUUUUGUGUGACUUCCCUCCAGAAAUAUUUUUGAACAGACCAUCUAUUGUGAAGGCAUUAUUAAGCAUAUCUGAUAGUCAGUUUGGCAGUUCCCCAGGGGAAGCAUUAAAUGUGUUACUGUGUAUAACAAAAGCAUUAAACAAGAGAUUAAAACAGCUCUUUUCAUCAGAUUUAGUUUGCGAAUCAAUGAAGGCGAAUCACGAUAACAGGGAAUCCUAUGAUGGCGUUAAUGCAGAACUUGAACAGAUUGUUGGCAAAACAAAUACUCCCAUAGAAGAUACAUUAGCAGCAUUACGGCAAUUACCAGCACCAAUAUAUGCAUUGGAUACUGCUCAUGCUGUUUUGUGUAUUAUGAUGAAGAGCGUCACGCACAUAGACUCUGAAAAUAAGGAAUCAUUGGCUAUGAAGGAUUUGAACACAUGUCUGUCUUUGAUAGAAGCUUUAGUAGAAUUUUUACUAGAAUGUGUGGAUGAAAACUUUUGGAUAUCUGAUCAUAAUUCUAAGACACAAAGAGACAUAGCCCACAAAAGUUGCAUGACGAUGAGAAUGCUGGGUGAUCUAUUGCUGAAAUAUCAAAGCUCAUAUCAGUUAGAUCCAGAGCGCAUUCAACAUAGACUAGCACAAUUUCGAUUAAUCAAUUGUGCUGUAAUGCUUUUGAACUGGGCUCGGAAAUCUGCGCUACCCCCUACUUCUCUCCUUGCGUCGUUACAAAAUGGUCUCUUGGAUCCAGGGAUUGAUAUAUUUUAUCCUGAACUCAACGAAAAAAUUGCUGCAGUAUUACAGAACGCAAAAUCUUCAGUCGAUCAAGAAUUCAAGAGCAAAUAUCGAGAAUUAAAUAAGCUUUUCAAUAGUAUGGAUCAUGCAAAAGAAUUCAUAAAAUUGAAUAGUACCCGCUACAAUAAGGACAUAUUGAAUUGCAUUAAAAAGUCACUCCCCAUUUUACAAAUUCACACAAAUGAAAAUUUUUUAUAUGACAUUUCAAAUAUUAUUGUCUCAAAAGGAAAGGAUUUAAACUUCGAUGAAAGUGAUUGGGCUGAAGCUAGAAGUAUAGCAUUAUAUUUGAUGGCUCAUACCAUAGAUUGGGUACGAGUGACGUAUUAUAAGAUUUUAGCCAAUAUGGUGAAGUCUGUAUUAAUGAGUGAUGAACCAAAUGGGUCUAAUGAAGAAAAAAAAUUGACUUUGUUGAGUGAUGUUAGCGUAUUGACCGAAAUAUGCUGUCACGCUUUAUCAUCUACGAAUAGACAGGUGGAAGAAAGCGCGUCGGAAAUUAUGCUAUAUUUGCUAAGGGGCCGACUUGUUCUUAGCGAAAGUUGUUGGUGGCGACUCUUAGCUAGCUUAUUGCCCGUACUUCCUCUCUUGCAUGUUUAUGCGGCGCAUGAUACACAGCUAGGUAAAGCAAUAUGCAAAUCACUAGAGGUCGAUAUAGCGGAGUGCAUGGGCGUGUCCGCCGCGGAAACGGUGUGGGGUCUUGUGAGACUGUUGUUCGUUAAAUGCCCCGCAGUGCAGCUGGAUGCUGCGCAUUCUUUAUGUGAUAUAUUGGACGAUGAUAAAUAUUUACCACCUAAAGAGACUUUACGCACUGAUAUUUUGGUAAACGCUCUGCGGCGGGUUGAAGUCCAAGACUUCAAUGUAGAUUAUAAUAGUUCUCCUACAAAGAUGACGCAGACGACUGGAUUAAUCCAAGUUUUGGAUGUACUAAAACAAGAUCUGGUGUUAGACGAAGAUGGUUUUGAUUUCGUGGCCGACUCUCGAAUGACCCAUCCAACUUUGGAACCGUCAUUGCGACGCAGCACCUUACAACAGCUGGCAGUUAUGAUGCGUCAGCAAGACUUGCACGAUGCGUUUAUUCGUUAUGAUGGUCUCAAACUUAUUGUUGCGUUACUGAGGAUGUCACUUACCGUGGAAGACUAUCUUGCAUUUCCAGAAUGCGCGCUAAGUUGCGUGUCCAUCAUAAACAGCGUGUGUUUCGUGGCGAGACACAGCCUAUCGAAGAUGUCUGACCUGCCAUUGUUUUUAAUUAGAGCAAUUCUCGUGUUCCCCGCCAACGACAGCAACGUGGCAAUGUCUGCGCAAGUGUUAGCGCUACUCUCGUGGGCGGGGUUCGUGCUGCAGGAGUUGGACGCGGCGCGACGUCGCGUGCCCGCGCUGCCGCUCAGUGUAACGGAACGCACGUCAGUGCCGUUCGCGGUCAAUAGCUAUUGGCACACUAGUCCCAAUGCGGAACACGCUUCUGUGGAGUGGCUUCUCACCGAUCCAACAUGGCGGUCGUCGAUCCGCGUGCGCUGGUGGUGGGUGCUGUCCGGGGGCAAUGCGAGCCGCGGCUCCCCACACUUGGCCCAACCGAGGGAUGCCCAACCAAGUAUCCAAGAUCUGGAGAUGUUGCGCUCAGCGUGUGUAGACUAUUCAUGCGCUAAGGGCCUCAUGAGGCUGGAGAAUGCUACUACUCAUAUGCAAGUGAAGGAGGCUUUGUAUUUGUUGGAAGGCUAUGCCCAUCUAAUGACUUCUUCGACGGUAUGUCCAAAGGAGUUUGGUAACUUAAAAUGGCAGAAUAUGAGGCGAUUCUUGUCAGCCCCACCAGCAUCUGCCCGAGAUACAGAUUUAUUAUUAAGUCUUUUGCAUUUUAUAAUUACUUAUAUGGAUCAUGUUCCGAAAGAUGAUACAACAAUGUCUUGGAUAAAAUCUUCAUUUAUCGGAAACGAGGCGACUAUAAUAUCGCUUCUAAGCAGAGACCGACUCUAUCCGCAACAGUCGUCGGUAGAAGAUAUUGAAGUGACGCAAUUACGGAUUCAAAUUGUUAAAGUUCUCUUGCGAUGUCUUCUAUUGUUGGAAGAGAGUCAAGAUUACAGUAGUAGCCAAUUGGAAAGCUUGCUUAAAAUUCUUUUGUCGUGUUUGGAACGAGUCGAUUUGAAGAAUUUUCAUAUGUUAGGAUAUCUGAAUGAGCUAAUGCGCUGUAUAAGAUAUGGUUUGCACUCCCGUUAUUGUGAUAUAUCAGAAGAAACGUUAAUUUAUAGUUUGAAGAUGAUGAGUCGCGUUUUGAGCGGGUGUGCCUCGGGUGGGGGGAGGAAGGGCAGGGCUUGCAGGUUGGACGCCAUGUUGGCUUUGAUGGUAGUGCUGAAGAAAGUUCGAGAACAAAAGAUACCCGUACAACGUUGGGGCGAACACUGCGACGGGUCGCUAAUGCGCGCCGCGGUGCGGUGCGGCGGCGCGCCCGCGCCCGAGCUGCGCGCGGCCGCGUUGCACGUCAUGGCCGCGUUCGCGCUGUACGCACAACUCACGCCGCAGUUGCUGCAGUAUAUCCCAAACGAGUCACUUUGCCGAUUUGCCAUAGAAGUGUUCUCGCAAAGCGGAGAAGCUAACGUGGUUCGAGCCGCUGCGUUAUUGCUCCUGACUGCGGUCACAUCUCGUGUUUCACCCAUGAAUCAAUUGCUAGAACAGGAAACACUUCAGACGUUCGAAGAUUAUAACUUCGUGGAAGAAUGCUUGCAAGUUUUGAUAGAUUUUUGCCAUGAGAGUAGUUUUAAAGAUAAAAAUGUUCUCGAGCCAAACAUGCCGCUAACUCUUCUAGAGCGACGUACAGAGCUGGAAGUACGCGCCCAGAAACAUCAAGAUGUCCAAUUGUCACCCACAUACACGUUUCAAAAACCUCCGCCCACAGCUGAUAUUGUUACGGCGAUAGCUGAUGUGUUCACAAAUGUGAUAACAUUCAAAAACUGCCCGAUACAAGCGUGGAACGAACUGGGGCUAUUUAGAGUGAUGUUCCGAUGUCUGUGCUGGUCGAGUGGGUCGCGAGCGCAAGUGCACGGAGUCCGCGGCAGCGUCUGCCGCAGUUUGUACGCUGCGACGACGCAUAAGUGCGUGCGCGCCGUCUUAGCUUCUACGAAGGACUGUUUAUACAAUUUGAUAUCAACACUGACGCCAUUCGAUUUAGCGGAGAAUGAGGGGGGAGUGUUUGCGCAGACGCAAGCGAUGAUUUUGCUCGGAUCUCUGAUCGUCGACCGCUCCGCUAGCGACACCUUGUGGUGCGAACUGAAGAAAAAUGAAGCUUCGGAUAUGUUUAAUAUGUUAUUACAGUCUUUGGAGAGCGAUGAUAAUGAAUUACAAGCUGCGGCGAUAUUCUGUUUAACACAGUUGGCUCAAUCAAUAUCUUGCAAAGAUAAAUCGAAACAAGAAUCUUGCAAAGCGUUUUUAGAUAACAUAAAGUCACCGAAAGACCCUCCAGAAGAUGUACUCUGUGCCGGCGAUACGAUCAGAAAUGCGGAUUGUCAACCGGAAUACAUUGUUGAGGAGCUAUGUAAAGUUUUAAUGGAAUUAUAUAAAGAGCAAUUGGAGGAGAAAAGGUUUUUAGAAUGCCAAGAUGAAACCUGGUCGGCGGUAUGUUCGUGUAUAUCAUCCGUACUGUCUGCGAGCGCACGCGCACGGCAGUACGCGGCGCAUAGACAAUUCCCGCGCUUGUUGGUUGUGACAAUGCAGGCUUUUCGGGACAGGCUGUCGUUGCAGGGAAAACCCGUGGAUGUUAUACGUAAUGCUAAUAAUGAACCCGUAUUACAUAAUCUAUAUUGGUUACUUACGUUGAUGAACUGUGCGAUGCUUAACUGUCCUGCAUCUAAGGAAAGUUUUGCGGAAGACAAUAUAUGCGUGUCCCUCAACAAGCUGUGGCCGUGGUGCAUGAUGACCGAGCAACUGAGAGAUGCUUUGAUACAUUUAUUGCUUACCUUCACCAAUGAUUGUCCGAAAGCGUGGAGCAACAUGUGCACGUGCGUGUGCGGGCGCAGCGCGGUGGGGGCGCUGUGCGAGCUGGCGGCGCGCGACGCGGCGCGGCCCCGCGCGCCCGCGCUGCUGCCGCCGCUGCUGCGCGUGCUCACGCGCUGCGCGCCGCACCAGCACUGCCGCACGCUCGUGCUCAAGAGCGACGUGUUGUCGUGUGUGGCGAGGUCGCGUGCGCGCGCGUGCAGCGCGGCGGCGACGGGCGCGUGGGCGCGGCUGUGCGAGGCGCUGGGCGCGCGCGCGGACGGCGCCGCCGCGCUGCUGGCCGCCUGCGCGCGCGCGCCUCCGCCCUGCCUGCUGCCGGCGCUGGCGCACGCCGCGCACCACCACCGCCUGCCGUUCCUGCAGUCGCGUUAGUGUUUUGCUUUAUGUCAUAGCGGGCGACUGAGCUGGUGGUUCGCAUGAUGGUGAGUGAUCACCACCGCCCGUGAACGUUCGCAGAGGUAGUGGCUCUGAGAAUGUGCUACCCGCUUUUUUAGAGGUAAGGGAUAAGGAAACGAUUGACGACUGGAAAGAAGGAAUAGACUGGGAAAGGUGAAAAAAGGAAACGGGCCACCGGCUCCCCCGCUCACCCUACGAAACACAAUAGCUAUGCUAUUAUCUUA